CGUGUUGCUUUGCUCUUCAUCGUAGUUAACGUUUAGCUGCUCCUAUUCAUUCUAGUUAUCGUCGUCUUGCUCUUCAUUCGCUAUUCACCAACGAAGACACUCUGUUUCCUUCUAUAGGAAUCUCUAUACAUUGUAACAAUCAAAUUUCGCAUGGACGCUCACACAGCAGAUUCCGUCAAUCCCAGAGAUGUUUGCAUCGUGGGUGUUGCACGUACUCCAAUGGGUGGCUUUCUCGGAUCUCUUUCGUCUUUGUCCGCGACAAAGCUUGGAUCAGUAGCUAUUGCAGCUGCUUUGAAGAGGGCGAAUGUUGACCCGUCUCUAGUCCAAGAAGUUGUGUUUGGCAAUGUUCUUAGUGCCAAUUUGGGUCAGGCUCCUGCUCGUCAGGCUGCUUUGGGUGCAGGGAUCUCUAACUCUGUUAUCUGUACCACUGUUAACAAGGUUUGUGCUUCAGGCAUGAAAGCGGUGAUGAUUGCUGCUCAGAGUAUCCAGUUGGGGAUCAAUGAUGUAGUGGUGGCGGGUGGCAUGGAAAGCAUGUCUAAUACACCAAAAUAUCUGGCUGAAGCAAGGAAAGGAUCUCGGUUUGGUCAUGAUUCUAUGGUAGAUGGAAUGCUAAAGGAUGGACUAUGGGAUGUCUACAACGACUGUGGGAUGGGAAGCUGUGCAGAACUAUGCGCUGAGAAAUUUGAAAUAACGAGGGAGCAACAAGAUGACUACGCCGUUCAGAGUUUUGAACGUGGUAUUGCUGCCCAGGAAGCUGGCGCCUUCACUUGGGAAAUCGCCCCGGUUGAGGUUUCUGGAGGAAGGGGUAGGCCAUCAACCAUUGUUGACAAGGACGAAGGUCUUGGGAAGUUUGACGCUGCAAAAUUGAGGAAACUCCGUCCAAGUUUUAAGGAGAAUGGAGGCACUGUUACAGCUGGGAAUGCGUCUAGCAUAAGCGAUGGUGCAGCUGCACUUGUCCUAGUGAGUGGAGAGAAGGCGCUUCAGCUAGGACUUCAAGUACUCGCAAAAGUUAGAGGUUACGGUGAUGCAGCUCAGGAACCAGAGUUUUUCACUACUGCUCCUGCUCUUGCAAUACCGAAAGCUAUUGCACAUGCUGGUUUGGAAUCUUCUCAAGUCGAUUACUAUGAGAUCAACGAAGCAUUUGCAGUUGUAGCACUCGCGAAUCAAAAGCUACUCGGGAUUAGUCCGGAGAAGGUGAAUGUAAAUGGAGGAGCUGUCUCUUUAGGACACCCUCUAGGCUGCAGUGGGGCUCGUAUUCUAAUCACAUUGCUUGGGAUACUAAAGAAUAGAAACGGCAAGUACGGUGUGGGAGGAGUGUGCAACGGAGGAGGAGGUGCUUCUGCUCUUGUUCUUGAACUUGUUUGAUGCAUUAUGAAUCCAGGUUGGUGAAUUUGACGACGUAUCUCUUUCAAGUUCCAAGAGAGUGAUUGCACUUCAAGUUUGCCAUUAGUUGAUCUCUCAAUAAAGGAGAGUGAUCCUUGAUGUUGUUAAGUUAUAUAUGAACUCGGUUUCUGCUUUUUCAAGUUUGCCAUUAGUUGGUCUCUCAAUGAAGGAGACUGAUCCUUGAUGUUAAGUUAUAUAUGAACUAGGUUUCUGCUUAAUAUUUGGUGGACCUCAGUUAUAAAUUAUGAACCCAUUUUAUCCUA